AUGACGAAAAGCACGGCGACACGAAAGCGGGGGCGACCACUGAAGGCCACCCUGUCACCGACGAAGUCAAUUUCUGAUAGCCAAUCGGCGAUUGCGAAGGAGAAGGAAGCCAUUGCAUUGGAAGAGAGUGAGGAGGUGAAGGUAGACGAGGUGUUGGUGGAAAAUGGUGAAGAAUCUGUGAUGAAGUUAGGGUUUAGUCCAAACCCUAAGAAUGGAGCUAACGAAAUUGAGAAGGAAAUACAACAAUUCAAGAGGAUGCUAAGCUAUGGAUGGAUGUUAUCCGCGGUAAUCGUAAGACAGCGAAUGGUAAAUCCCUCAAGUUUGUUGCUCAAAAAAUUGUCAAUGGUGAAACGGUGGUUGAAAUUGAGAAGGAGGAUGUAG